GAGACGGAUUAUCAUCUCUUGGGCCAACUACCUCUACUGUCUGCUUGGAUCAGCACGGAUAUGGAUCCCCAGGGAAACCAUCAAAGCCCACCUGCCACCCGAGUUCAAGGACUAUCCAGACACCCAGGGCACCUGCCAAACACCCUUCCCAAGUGAAAUCCUCUCCAGUGGUGUCCCGUCCUAGUUCUCCCUCUCCUACCAACCCUCUGGACAGUCAUGGAGACACCAGCCAAGAGGGCGCAACAGUCAGGACCACUCUAUCUCAAGGCCCCAGAGGUCAGGCUCAGGUGCCAGAAGCCAGACUCUUCCCAGGGCCAGCUCAGCCACCAGAAGGUCAGAGGAGACCCAGGGGGCCAGAGGAGAACGGGGGGCCCUGGUCAACAUGGAACUUCUUGGGUUGCCUAACAUUGGCAACACUUGCUUCCUAAACGCCACCCUGCAGUGCCUCCUGGUCCUGCCUUCCUUCUCAAAGGAAAUCCUACGCCAGGAACAACUCUGGAGCUCCUCCCCCUUCUCCAACCUGCUCAGGUGUCUGUCUGAUGUGCACCGUUUGGGUGGACCUGACAGUGGCGCAAACCAGGCCUCAAAAGCAGACCUCAUGUGGAAGGUCAAGUACUCCUUGUCGGGAUAUGAUUUGAAGUAUCUGGGGGACACGCAACAGGACGCACACGAGUUACUUGUGAAUAUGCUGUGCCAACUGAAGGAGGAGGGCAUGAUACUGAAGACACUCGGGGUGAACUAUACCUGCCCUGUUUCCCAGCUGGAGUUCCAGCUUGUCUCAGUGCGCACAUGUACCAGCUGUGGGCGCGAGUCGUCCACCAGAGAGGACUACAAUCACCUCUCAUUGGACUUCAGCUCUGAGCGCACCUUGCUAAGCAGCCUAGCACUCACUUUCAAAAGUGAAAAGGUUGAAUUCACAUGUGCAGGCUGCACGCCUCAAAGGUGGAGCAGUUCCACACACUGCCUCUUGUGCUGGUUCUGCAUCUGAAGAGGUUCGGAGGACCUGGGGGGUUGGAGAAGUUGGAGGCUCCUCUUUUGUUUCCUUCUGACCUGAGGCUCUCCACCUUCUGUGGGGACACGGUGCCACCCCUGCACAGUGCCAGCCCACAGGCCCUCACCAACCAGACCCC